CAGCUGCUCCCGUCACACACUCUGUAUACGGCCUUGUGGCAUGUGUUUCCUAAUAAGGAGAUGGGAACGGGGAGGAAGUGGUGUCUGGUGUGACAAGAAAUAACUUCCCCCAUGCUCUCGCUGUGUGUUUGAGCUGCUGGCGUAUUCAAGGGAGAAGCUGUGCUGUGAUUGUACCCACAACUACACAAAAUGCAGGACCCAAAUGCUGACACAGAGUGGAAUGACAUCCUGCGAAAAAAAGGUAUCAUACCUCCCAAAGAGGUACCAAAGGAGGAUGAAGAGGAAGAAGAAGGGAUAUUGAUGCAGCAGUCAGUGGUUAAAACAUAUGAGGAUAUGACACUCGAAGAGCUAGAAGAGAAUGAAGAUGAGUUUAAUGAGGAGGAUGAGCGAGCUAUAGAAAUGUAUAGACGACAGAGACUGGCUCAAUGGCAAGCGUCACAGAUAAAGAAUACAUUUGGGGAAGUUCUGGAAAUUUCUGGGCAGGACUAUGUGCAGGAAGUGACAAAGGCUGGAAAAGACCUUUGGGUGAUCUUGCACCUUUACAAACAAGGAAUUCCACUUUGCAGUUUAAUAAACCAGCACUUAGCCAUCCUUGCAAGAAAGUUUAAAGAUGUCAAGUUUAUCAAAGCCAUUUCCACAACAUGUAUACCAAACUAUCCUGACAAGAACCUACCCACCAUCUUUGUUUAUCAGGGUGGUGAAAUUCGUGCCCAGUUCAUUGGACCUUUAGUGUUUGGUGGCAUGAAACUGACACAGGAUGAAUUGGAAUGGAAACUUUCUGAAUCUGGUGCUAUAAAGACAGAUCUUGAAGAAAACCCCCGACAACAAAUCCAGGACCAGCUCAUGACUUCCAUUAGAAGUUCCAUUGCCACAAAGAAAGACACUGACUCAGACGAGGACUGAGUUUUAUGAUUCUGUUGUUUUUAUUUUGUUUUGUUUUUUUUGUACAUUUGUUGUAAGAUAUGACAUCAAACAAAUUGGAGAUGGCUACUUGUCAGUCUACAUACUAAAAAUAAAGGGCCCAAUGU